UUUCCGGUGCACGCAGUCCGGCGCUAUUCCUCGUGCACUACGCAGGAUUUCUGAGCAGAUAAGAGUGGGCCGGGCGUAUUGCGAUAAAAUUUUAUUGCUUGUCUGGUUCAAGGAGCCAUUUGCGUGAUCCAAAGCCAGUUGCUGUGGGUGCUUGUAAUACGUACACCCCACUUGUUGAAAAGGAUGGCGUACCAGUCUACAGGAUAUCGGCGCCUAUGCGAAUGGGUGCAUACAUCUGGUGGACACGUGCCCGAAACUGCUGUACCAGGCGGGGUGGACUCUGGCGAGCCGAUAUACAUCGGACGAGCAGAGCACGAUGGAGCCGUUAUCCCGGGCAAAAUAGUACCGUCGCAUAACGUAUGCUACGUUGCGCAGGAUGGUCAGGAGCAUGCUCACCAUACUUACCAGGUCCUGGUAUCGUUGGACGACAGCCAGUUCGACUGGAUCCCAGGGGCCGACGGCAAACUUCCAUCAGGCGCAGUUCAGGGCGGUGUCAACGGAGACGGAGAACCGCUCUACAUUGGCAGAACUGAGCACAACGAAACGCUCACCAUUGGCAAAGUUCAAUGUUCGCACGGCGUGCUUUACAUUCCUUAUGGAGGAGCGGAGAUACCAUUCAGCGAGUACGAGGUCCUUGUUUGCCGCGCUGUUAACUUUUAAGCGUAAAUGUAAAACGCAAGAAACCGAACGAACGUUAGCACUCUUGGUAGUUGAUGUAGGCAAGCAGACACAGGGUCGGGGUCUCGUGGAAAGUCAUUGGUUCCACUACUGGGCACCAUGACAUGAAAUGACAUGCAUGAUUGUUGUUGUUUGACAUGAAACAUGGCAUAAAAUGACGUUAUUCCAGCCAGA